GGCGCACGUCAGCUCAGUCCCGCUGUGAACGCAGCAAGGAACGCAGCGCACGGAUCUCCUCGGAGAGAGAGAGAGAAAGAGAGCGAGUAAGAGUAGGAUCCGACGCACGCAGGAGAACUCUGCCGACGGACCGAUCGUCUGAAAUGACCAGUGACCAGUGAUUCGGCCAGCACACACGAGUAGUCGCUCAGAGUAGAGUCGAGCCGCCCCCGCAGCGCAGUGCAGUGCAGUUGUUUUUCGCGCGCGUCGGCAGGUGAUGCGCUCGCGUCCCGGUGGCGCAGCAGCGACGACUCCGAGUAACUCCAGCAGUGCUUAGCAGCCCAGAAGCAUGAUGAACGCCUUCCUCGACGGCGUGCAGCCGCACUCGCACCACCACCUGGCCAGCCUCGGGCUGAAGCUGUCGCCGGGCGAGGCGAGCGAGGCCGGGGGCCCCGUGGCCCUGCAGCCCUCGCCGGGCGAGGCGUCCGGCCAGCAGCACCACUUCCACCACCAGGGCUACCCGGCCCACCCGCACCCGGGCUCGCACAUGAGCGCCGCCGCGCACAUGGGCCACCACAUGACGCACCACGCGGGCUUCGCCGCCCGGGACUUCCUCAUGCGGCGCGAGCACGAGUUCAACGCGACGGCCAACCCGACGACGCCCGAGAGCGGCCUCGGGCUGUUCACGCCGCUGCACCACGAGGCCGGCGCCGGCAUGCAGCAGUUCGGCCAGCACCCGGGCCAGCACCCGCUCGGCGUCGCCGCCUCGCACUACCCCCCGCACUACCCGCAGGAGCACAACCGGCUGGGGCCGCCGCCGCCGCCGCCCCCGGGCCCGCCCGGGCACCACCAGUACCCCCACCUGGCCGCGGUGCACGCGCACCCGCACCAGCAGCACGUGGGCCACGCUGCCGCGGCGGCGGCGGCGGCGGCGGCUGGCCACCCGCACGGCGCCUUCCUCAGGUACAUGCGCGGCGCAAGCCAGGCCGGCGGCGCGGUGGCGGGCUCCGGGGGCGUCGGCGCGGGCAGCGCCUCGCCCGGCGCCAGCGAGCCCCGGCAGUGCCUCUGGGUCGACCAAGAGCCCGGGCUCGGCCAGCCGCGCAAGAUCUGCGGCAAGCUCUUCGAGAGCAUGCACGACAUCGUGACGCACCUGACGGUGGAGCACGUGGGCGGGCCCGAGUUCACGACGCACGCCUGCCUCUGGCAGGGCUGCGGGCGCAAGGGCAAGGCCUUCAAGGCCAAGUACAAGCUCGUCAACCACAUCCGCGUGCACACCGGAGAGAAGCCCUUCCCCUGCCCGUACACCGGCUGCGGCAAGGUCUUCGCCAGGUCGGAGAACCUCAAGAUCCACAAGCGGACCCACACCGGUGAAAAGCCGUUCAAGUGCGAGUUCCCGACGUGCGAGAGGCGGUUCGCCAACAGCAGCGAUCGGAAGAAGCACAGCCACGUCCACACGUCCGACAAGCCCUACAACUGCCGCGUCUCCGGCUGCGACAAGUCUUACACCCACCCCAGCUCGCUGCGCAAGCACAUGAAGGUCCACGGAGUGACGCUCGGCGAGGGCAAGCUCAACAACUACGACAGCGACGGCGAGGAGAGCAGCAGCAGCGGCGGCAGCCUCUCGGUCACCGGGCACACCGAGUCGCCCCAGCCGUCCCAGCCGUCCUCGACCUCGACGCCGUCCAACAACCCCGUGCCAAGUCCGACGCACCACCUGCACAACCACCAGAACAACAACGUCCAGCAACAGCAACAGCAACAGCAGCAGCAGCAGCAGCAGCAACACCACCAGCAGCACCAGCCGCCGACGAGUCACCACCACCUGGAGAACUGGUACGUCUGCCAGCCGACGGCGAUGGCGCCCCAGCACAGUCCGCUGCCCAGCCAUCACGGACCCCCGCCUACCCACCACCUCGGGCACCACUUCAACCCGCUGAUGCACCACCAGGCCACGGCCUAUUAGCCGGCCGACGACUACGACAUUACUGCCCACCACCAAAGCUGCAUCAAAGAUCUCCACGGGGUGCCACGACUGUGUGUACUGUAGAUGUAUAUAAUUGCGCGAAGACGCCGAGGCCCUCUAUACUAUCGACUCUCCCUCUGUACAUAACGAUAUAUAAACACUGCGAGCAGAAUAAACACGCACGUGCCUCUCCGCGAUAUGAUAUCGUUGCGUUUUGCGUACAAUAUGCCGAUUAUUCCGAGGUUUAGUCCCUGUAGCACGCGCGCCGCGUCUCCCGCCGUCGCUUUAUAUUUAUUCUUUGAUUUAUCUCUUUGACUCUUUGGCGGAAACGAUCUGAUGAAAACAAAACGCUUGAUUUCGUGCAUCGCGCGCGUGUACAUACACUAUUUACAUAGAUGUCGGCCCUGGUAGAAACGUUAA